GCAGACAAUGCACCUCACAUCAUAUGUCUCUCUGAACAACCAAUCGGUGCAGCAUCAGAGACACCGAAGUAUCGCUUUAGAGCGGAGAUCCGAUGUCUUGCAGAUCGCUGGGGCCACCCGCUAGCUCAGGUCCGCUUGCAGGAGGACCAGUAGAUCCCUGGCUGCCCUGCACUUGAGUUACGUAUAUACGACAUUCCAGCUGUUUCGACUACAACCUAUCUUUCUUCCUUUUUUAUUCAAACUAUCAUGGGUAGCAUCGACACAUCCAUGAAAGUCCUAAUAAUCGGAGCAGGUCCGGCUGGUUGUGCCCUAGCACACGGACUCAAGAAAGCUGGCAUUGCUUACCGUAUAUUUGACAAAGGUGAAGAUGUAUACCGACACCGUCACUGGGCAUUCACCCUCGGCUGGGCACGACCAUAUCUUCUGAGCCUCUUGCCCGACGAGGUCGGGUGCAAACUAGAUACCUGCGCCGUUGAUCCUAGCAUUGAUUGCGCAGCCAUAGGGGAAGACAGGAUCGUGUUGUACAACGGGCAGACGCGCGAGGAAGCAUUUGCAUUCCCAAUUCCAAGAGCGAAGGAGAUGAACAUUCGGAAAUUGCGCAUUUUGCUCGCUGACAGCCUCGACGUACAAUAUGGGAAAAGGUUCAGUCAUUACAAGAUACUCCAAAACGGCGCAGUCAAAGUUUUCUUCGAGGAUGGAUCGAGCGAGGAAGGUGACGUUGUGAUCGGCAUCGACGGCGCAGGUUCGAAAGUCCGGCAGUGUCUGAUCGAUCAUGGCGCUGCGCAGGAGACGCUUCCGUUUGCACUCAUGAACUUCAACGCGUCGUAUUCUAAAGAGCAGGCUCUUUUCAUCAAACGGCGUCUACAUCCCCUUGUUGAUAUCGCGAUACACCCCGCGGGCCACUACAUCCGGGCCAAUGUGCUGGAUAUGCCUGACGUCGACGACCCGACAACGUGGACAUUCCAGAUACUUUCAACGUGGCCGCUGAAAAACGCGGAGGAUUACGAUAACGAUGUGGAUCGUUUGAAAAGACUAAAGGCGCACGUUGCGAGGGAUGGGUGGGCAGAACCGUACAAGAGUGCGAUCGAGUGGAUACCGGAGGAUACGCCUGUGAUCAAAGACCAAUUGAAGAUUUGGAAGACCCAACCUUGGGACAAUCAGGGUGGGAGAGUCACGUUGUGCGGUGAUGCAGCGCACGCCAUGACGUUUCAUCGAGGUCAAGGCGCAAAUAAUGCCUUUUUCUCUGCCCACAGCCUUGUAGAAGCUCUGAAAUCGGUACAGAAUGGAACCGCAACACUGGCGGACGCGAUAACGGCUUAUGACGAGAGCAUUUUGAAACGUGGCGCGAACGAAGUUCAAAUCUCGAAAUCCCAAAGUUUCUACACGCACGACUGGCCCAACUUCAUUAACAGUCCGGUCAUGACGUUGGGGACGAAGCCAAGUCACGCAGCGAAAAGCGAAGGGUAUCAAUGAAUAUGUUGCUCGAUUAAUCCGAAUGGUUGUUUAGUCU